CCAAAACGGGAGAGGAUCCGUGUGUUAAACUCUUUUCCCUAACUACGUUUCGUGUUUCUGUACAAAAGUUCUACAAACAAAAAGGAAAUUCUUUUUAAAACUAGGAGUGAAGCUGUCUCUGAAACCUUUUUAGAACCUUAAACUCUAUUUCUAGAAAACUGUGAAGAAUUAAAGUGAUAUUGCCAAUACUAAACUAGACUAACUUUGCUAGUGAAACCGGAAAGGUGCCGGACAGAUUAUAAUGCAAGGAUUUCAUGCAUAUUCCAUUAACACACCAAAGAGAGACCAGCAACAGCAGAUUAUUAUUGAUUUGAUGCCUUCGCAGUACACAAAGUCUUCCACACCACCACCUACGCCGCCUCUCAACGAUGGAUCUAAUUCCAGCACGGACAAUCAAAAUGCUCCUGCAGACCCAUCCGUGCGAAGAUAUAGGACGGCAUUCACGAGGGAUCAACUCUCGAGAUUAGAGAAAGAAUUUUUUAAAGAAAACUAUGUCUCACGACCAAGAAGAUGUGAAUUGGCGGCACAACUCAAUUUACCCGAAUCCACAAUAAAGGUAUGGUUCCAGAACCGACGGAUGAAGGACAAACGCCAAAGAAUCGCCGUCGCCUGGCCAUAUGCUGCAGUGUAUUCGGAUCCUGCUUUUGCCGCUUCCAUUCUACAGGCUGCAGCCAAUUCCGUUGGCUUGCCCUACGGAUAUACACCGGGUCACCAUCUCCUGCCCCAGCUGCCAGUCAUAUCGCCCCAACUCUCAUCGAAUCAUUUUUCUUAUGGCUAUCGCUACGCUCCGUAUCCCAUUCCACAGAGAUCCGCUGCUUCAGCGGCUCCCCUGCACAUGCCAGCCUACCCCGGCUCAAUGCUCCCCGGCAGCAAUGGCCUACAUCCGGACUAUACUCCCCCCAUGACCUUACCACCACACACUCCUCCGCCACACGAUCUCCAGAGCCCAGCAUCUCCGCACUCCGACGGUGUUUCCCUCAGCCCAGACAUGAGCAAAUUGGAGUCAAGCGGGGCACCCCUAAAAUGCCUCCCUGACCCAGCCCAGAGUCUCCUGCCAUCGCCUCAAUCGACGGACCUUAGUGGAUGUCAGACCACCCUGCCCAAGCUACCUGACAAGCCAAAAUUAUUUAAACCCUACAAGUCAGAAAUGUAAAAUCCCAAGUGUUUUAGAUGAUAAAUUAAAGUAUAAAUUAGUGUACUCUAUGUAUUAUAAAUGUAAGAUAGGUGAUCUAUA